CCAAGGGGAACUAAAAAUACACAGUCAAGAAACAAUUUAAAAGUGGCAUCAAAAAUUUGUAAAACUGGAAAGCCGUAAAAGAAAAAAAAAGAGAAAAAAGAACUAAAAAAAGUAGAAACUUUUUGCAAAUUAUUUUUUAUAAAUUAAUAGUGCUUAAACAUAUAAAUUCUAUUCGACAAACCGCCUAAGCUAUGGAGGUAGCUAUACCCAUUAACAACGAGCUGGAGCAACGCAUCUCCGACGCCUUUUGCAUCUUCGAUCAUCACGGCGAUAAACGCAUCGAUAUACGUGAAGUCGGUACCGUCUUGCGCUUUCUAGGCUGUGUGCCCACCGAGCAGGAGAUAAACGAAGUAAUCGCGGCAACCGAAAUGGAGGAAUCCGCCGGAGAUGUGCAUCUCUCGAAAUUUAUGCCGCAUGUCGCGCAAUUGUUGGCAGAGCGAAAAAUGGAACCAGCAUCGCCGGAGAAAAUUCUCGCCGCCUUUCAAAUCUUGGAUCCAGAGCAAAAGACCUACAUAACAAAGGAGUAUAUGAGCAAGAUGAUGAUGGAGGAGGGUGAACCCUUUACACAGGAGGAGCUCGACGAAAUGCUGGCUGUGGCCAUCGAUCCCAUCACUGGCCAUAUUCCUUAUGAGUUUUAUAUCAAUCAGCUGAUGCACGAACCAGCGAAUUCGAUUUAUGAGCUUGCUGCAAAAUAUUGGACUUUAAAACCGAAAGAGGCGAAACGCGGCUCCAAAUGGGCUGGCAGUCGAAUUAGUAUUAGAUAACAUUUUUUUUUUUGAAAUUUAUUGAAAACUAUAGAUGUUUAAUUUAGAAAAAAAAUCUAUAAAUCUAAAUAUUGUAUAACGAAAUAAUAAUUAAAAAAUAAAUAUUAUAUA